AUGACCAACCCUCACAAUCAUCUGCCUGUGUACACCAAUAUCCACCGCAUCAGGAGAGACAUCAUAUCCAUUGUUGAGGACUACCUCAGCUUGGAGCAGCUCCGUGACGUGAGAAUCAACAUUGCCGUUGUCCGUCCGCUAGUUGACAAACUCUACGAGCUUGAUGACAUAUCCAUAGUUUAUUGCUUGCUUGUCAACCGCGCUCAGUUUCUCCAUGAGCAGUCACACCUCAACAGCCGUCAAAAUGUCAACUACAGUCGUGCAACGCUGUGUGAGCUCGUGGCAACGCGUAUCUUGAGACGCUUCAGCGAGGACAAUGACGGCCCAGAGGGUCUCGUCUUGCUAUCGCACAUUUUGGUCGCCGGAUUCGAACCCUUUCAGAAUGCUCCGGCUGGGAUUCGCGAGGCAGCCUCGACUGAGACUUAUCGGUCUUACAAUCGCAUGCUGCCAUCGCUGGAAAUUGCUAUCUUGACUGAGAGUAAACACUUCCUCAGCGCCACCCCUUGUCAGAAAGUCGUCGAUGCCAUCUACGAAGGCCGGAUCGUCUACACCCCUUCCAGCUUCAUGGACAUCAUUCCAGAUCAUUACAAGCUGAAGCCUAUCUCGCUGUACAAUCCACGAGAGGGGCCUCUGCUCGACCAAUAUCGGCUGCUGGUGCCUCGCACAAGAAACAUUCUCGAGGUCUUCCAGUUUAUGGUUCUGCUCGCCCUCUACCUUUCUGUAAUGGCUGAGCGCAAUCCCGAACAUUUCACUCUUUUGGAGGGGUGCUUCGCCGUCUUUGCAUUUGGAUGGUCUCUUGACCAAUUCGCGACCAUCUUGGAACACGGAUGGCACGUUUACACCCAAAACUUGUGGUCCUUCCUCGACGUGGGCUUCAUCGGUCUUUACGCCAUAUAUGCGGUUCUUCGUAUCCAUGGCGGCCGUACUGGCGAGCUGGUGCCGAAGCAACAGGCGCUCGACGUGCUAGCCAUGGGUGCCCCCGUUCUAGUGCCGCGGCUUGCUUUUAACCUGCUUUCAGACAACCUUGUCUUCCUUUCUCUACGCUCCAUGAUGUCGGACUUUGUUCUCUUGACAUUCUUAUCAGCUUGGUGUUUUGGAGGCUUUCUCCUGUCACUUCUAUGGCUCGGCGAGGGCCCGCCUGGAGAAGGCGAGCAUGCUCCUGUUCUGAUUGGCAAGUGGAUGUUGUGGAUCUGGUUCGGGCUCGACGGCACCGGCAUAUCGCGAUCGGCCGACUUUCACCCCCUGUUGGGUCCAGUCUUGAUGGUAGCAUUUGCGUUUUUGGGAAACACUCUCUUCCUCACGAUUCUCGUAUCGAUGCUUUCCAACACCUUCAGCACAAUCGUCAAGAACGCAACAGCAGAAAUUCAGUUUCGGAAAGCUGUGUUAACGUUGGAGGGAGUGAAGGGCGAUGCUAUUUUCGCCUACCAGCCUCCUUUCAACAUCUUGGCCGUAUUUCUUCUGCUUCCGUUGAAAUUCGUCCUCGGCCCGCGAUGGUUUCAUAAGAUACACGUAGCGAGCGUCAGACUGGUCAACCUCCCGCUGCUACUCAUCAUCGCUGUGGCAGAACGCCGAAUCUUGUGGCCUCCCCCGCCGCCGGAGAAGACCAAGGGCGGCGGGGCCUUGACACUGUACCCCAGGGUCAAGCAAUGGUUCUGGGAGAAGUGGCGCAUAACGGCCCAUCGCGACAUAAGAGCCGUGUUUGACCUGCCGCCCCCCGACUCCGUGGAAGAGGAAAUCGCUGUGGACGACGACUUUACGCACCACAUGAUCCGACGCCAAUUCACGAGGACGAUCACGAAUGACACGAUGCGCAAAAAGUCGCCUCUUAGGAGAGACUCGAUGUUUCCAGGGGUCUCGUCGAAGCUGCGAGGAUCCUUCACGGGCAGCGAAGACAUGCACGACGUUAACAGCAGGUUGGAGGCGCUGGAGCAGACGACAUCCAGAAUCGAGAGUCUGUUGACACGCAUGGUGGGAUCUGAUGACUACUCGGAUAAGAACUUUGGCACCGGGGAGAGCAGCACUCUCCGUGAUAUGGAUGCCUCAUUGACCCAGUCACCUCAACAGCGAACCUACGCAAGAAGAAUGUGCGAAGUUUUCAUCUACAAGCACGUCGAGUGCAAGUGCAUCUGGGGUGAGAUUGCAGUCUCCUGCGGACCCGGAAUGGGCUACACGACAUGCGGCCAGUUCGGAAGUGGCAUCGCGAAAAAGCCUCUGCGAAUGCAGCUCGCCAACCUGCGGCCGUGCCCCAAACAUGACCUCCUCGGACUCUACGACCGCAACCAGAUUCGGAUGAUUAAGAAGAUUACCAACGGCAUCAAAUUUGGCACGGGUCCCAACAAGCAGGAUGCAGGCAUCGAAUGCGCCUGCGCCAUCAUGUGA